CCGAAAGACUUGACCAGUCUGUAGGGAGUGAUGAGCCAGAUGUUUUCAUUAUAAAAGAGGAGAGACCUGACAACAUGAGGUGUGAACAGUCAGAAAGAGAAACAGAGACUACUGAAAAUCUUGAAGAUGACGCCCAGUGCCAGAGUGCAGAAGUCUUUGUAACGGUCCACAGAGAAAACAUCAUUGACCAGAACACAAUCCAGCACUGCCAUCAAGAGUCUGUAGGAGAUGAUGAGCCAGAUGUUCUCAUUAUUAAAGAGGAGAGACCUGACAAUAUCAGGUGUGAGCAAUCAUUGGGAGAAACAAAGACUGCCGGAAAUCAUGACACCCAGUACAGGAGUGUGGGAAGCUUUGUAGCAGUUCAUAGAGAGAACUUCAUAGACCAGGACACAGUCCAACACUGCCAUCAAGAGCCCAAUGAAAUGCAACCUGGUCUUGUUGAGGACGAAAACCCUGAAAUGUAUGACAGAGGUGAAGGUGCACAUUUACUCAAUGGUGAAACCAGAAUGGAGAGGGGUUGUGAGGAAGAAGCAGAGACUAACCCACAGCCUAUCCCUUCCUAUGCCUCAUGGGUUUCCAGAAGAUUAAACGUAACCACAAACCAUCCAUCCUACGGUGAAUCUGAAUGCAACGGAGGACCUUCUGUGAAUCAGUUCUUGAUGUACAGAGGGAGCGCAGAUCCUAUGUGUUCCUAUGCAACUCCAAUAGACUCUAAUGGCUUAUCUAUGCCUGAUAUUGAAGGCCAUUUAACACAACGCAAUGGUGGUACCAACAUUUCUCAAUCCGAGCAGCCCCCUUUCACAUCGUGCUUUUCUUUCAAACAGUCAAAUUCUCCUCAGAUGCAAAGGAAAGACAAGUUUAUGUGUAAACAUUGUGGAAGAGCAUUCUCUCAACCCAGCACUCUCCUCUUGCAUCAAAAACUCCAUACCAGGGAGAGGCUCCACAACUGUACACUCUGCGGUAAAAGAUUCAGCCAGGCGUCCAGUCUCAAAAGACACCACAGCAUCCAUAGAGGAGAAAAACCAUUCAGAUGCCUGCACUGUGGCAAGCAGUUCUCAGAUCAAAGCAACCUCAAAAAGCAUGUGACUGUUCACACAGGUGAAAAGCCUUAUGGUUGUAACCUCUGUGGAAAAAUGUUCAACCAGUCGUCGAACCUCAAAACGCAUAUGAAGAUCCACACACGUGAGAAGCCUUUCGGUUGCGAUCGAUGUGGGCGGAUGUUUGCACACAAGUACAUUCUGGUGAAACACCAACAGAGAAUCUGUGUGACUACUGGACAAAUGUAGACUUCACAACAAGUCUUCCACCUUAUUUUUCAAUGCGGAAGUAAGCUAGUUUCUUUCUGAGACAUCCGACUCAUCGGCCUCUAUACGGAAAUAACAAGAUAUUAACAAAAAUACGGGAAGAACAAUUUGCACUACAAACCAGUGUAUUUAUCAUUAUGAUAAUAAAUUAAAACAGUAUAUUAAGAAAUACCAGUUUGCAUUGUCAAGCGGCACUGUUUUGUACAGCUAAAAUACCUGGAAG